UCCCCAGCCAAACCCUAAUUGUGUGUGUGUCUCUGCAUAUUUUUUUUUUUCUUGACACAAAGAGGGAAACUGACUGAGUAUUUGUUCUGUCUGCUUGUAAACGGUGCUCUUGAACUCUCUGGGUUGAUUCUUCUGGACUAAAAAAGCAGAAGUGUGAAAGAUUAUUGGAGGUAGGUUACCAUGUGGCAUUAUUGGAUGAAGUUCAUCUUGGCCUGGGUAUCCAUAGCAACGCCUAUACUUGGCCAAAGUGGAAACGGUGAUUGGGGUUCAGGCUUUGACAAUGACACCUUUCAGACUGUUGGUGAUGAGCCUGUGAAGGUGAAAAAUGACCACGACUGGAGCACAUGGGCAGGAUCUGUGCCAUCACCGUCGCCUUCACUCCACCACGAGCCCCGGCCGGAUAUGUGCUCAGUCCACUUCAGCACUAACGCCGCUGCUUCAGCGCGAAGGAUGAAGGCUCAGCGAGAGGAGCUGGCCUACCUGCAGGCCAUUCAGCACGGAAACAAGGCGAUAGUGGAGAACUUGGAGCAGUUUGUGGGUGCAGAGCUGGGGAAUCAGACUUACGAAGACAUGAUCAAGGAAAACAUCUUUGGCAUCCAAGAGGACCACAAGAACUGCAGUGAGGUGGUGGAAAAAGCUGAAGAAGAUCUGAAAAAGCAGUUGGAGGGAGACAUCUCAGGCUCCGUUUUGGGGAUGCAGAAAAUUAAAGAGGAGUCUUUGGUCUUUGAAGACAUGCUUCGUACAGCUACAGACAUCGCCAGGAGGUUGGAGAGCUCAUCACAGGCCCUGCAUGCUUCAUUCACCAGGCAACUGAAAGACAUUGUCAAAAUCUACCGCUAGAAAAGUCUUCCAGACGGGUUCAUGUCCCUUUCAGGGUGAAAGAUAUCUGGCAUCCUACGUGAAGCCCAGAAUGUGGGUGGUUAACUAUCCCACAAGUUCAUAUUAUCUCUCCUUUUUUUUUUUCAUAUGCACUUUAAAGCACCAAGAUGCAACAAAGGGCCUCUACAUUAACAGAAAAACCAGAAAUGUAAAGCUAACAAGGAAGGCUGAGCGAAUCCAGCAAGGAAAAUGCUGGGUAUAAAAGCUAUUUCCCUUUAAGGGAAGUUUUACACCCGCACUUUGUUAAAUAUUAUGCUCCAACCAGGCAUUAUUUGUGGAAUCUGGCUAGGUCAAACGUUGUAACAGUAUGUGGUGGAGGUUUGAGCCAAGCUGAAUAUUUAUGAAUCAAACGAGAAAGAGAGAGAGAGGGAGAGAGAGAGAGAGAGAGGGAGAGAGAGAGAGGGAGACGGGCCUUUUGAGAGCAACAUAAUGACUGUGUAAGACUUCUCCAGAGGAAGCUAUGGAUUGGCCAUCUGGUUCCAGGGUAAGGAUGGAGGUCGGGAUACAUUUAUAAUGACUGGCAUGGCAAUGCAGAUUAUGUUUCUGCAACAACAAAAGUGCCACUGAGACAGCUUUGUUACGCCUCAUAUCUGAGGCCAGAUGCAUACAACUCAUUUUAAAAGGACAUAUGUGCAUAACCACAUGUUUUUGACAAGACGUAUACUGUCCCACAUGUAAUUCUACUCCCUUUUUAGAUUGAAAUGGAGGGAAGCACAUCCCUACUUUGAACUUUUCAAAUAAAAACACUGUUUGCAUCACAACAAACUAGAUGUGAUUACGGAAAGCAUCAGCUGAAAAUAAACAAAAAUAAAAGUUUGUGACAUGUGAAGCUAUUUAAUUUGAUUUGUCUUAAAAAGAGAAAAAAGGCUGCUAGGUGUGGGUAAAAGUAGCAGAAGCUGUCAGCUCUCUAAAAUGACUCUGCAACGGUAUAAAGAAAUGGAUGGAUUACAAACAGGAGCCAGAGAGUACAUCAGCUGAAAGCUUCAGGGACAUGCUGUUGAAUGGAUGAUCUAUAUAAUGGGUCAUACUGCUUUAUAUGGAAAUGCAAAUGCACAGAUCAUGAUGACUUUUAUUUUAAUUCAGCCAUUGGAAAUUUAAAACAGUGCAUGAGCCAUCUCAUACUACAGUCUGAAUGAUCUUUGAGUCACUUUAUAAAGGUCUUUCAAAGCUUUAAACCCCUUCCUUGUGCAUGAGUAUUGGUAAAGGAUGGAAUACACUCUUUUAAAACCGCUUUGUAGUAAUACCAUUUUUGACAGCAUACCAUGUGAAAGCUAAUAUGUCAUCCCCUGGCAUAAGGUAUAAUGAAGUCCACCUCUAAUGUGACAGAAUGGCAUUGCAACAUGUGCAAGAACAUUCCUACUUUUUAACACAGCACCAUCAGCGACAUCUAUUUGCAUCCAUGCGGUGAUAAGUGGUAUUGCUGCAUGAAGCGGCUUUAAAUGAGAGUAAUCAGAAAGAGAGUGAUCAGAAAGAGCAAUGGAAAGAAACAAAAUCAGACAAUAAACCACUCUUAUACAUUUCUACUGAACUUGGCAGUUUAAAAUAUAUAUUUUUUUUAUAUUAGCUGCAUUUCUUUCAUUCUUUUUUAACAAUCAAUAUGGUCCCUUUCGUGAUAAUCUAAUUCAUUUUCGUUCCAGUUCAUUUCAUCUUCUGCGUGAGUUUCUAGCAUUUUGUCGAAAUUUAGGACAACUUCAAACUACCUUUACAUUCAACAAAUGUAUUGUAAUUGAACAAAAAAUAGAUGAAAGAAUCCUCAGGUUGAGAAUGAGACCUGAGCUCAGUGCAGGGCCCUCCCGGGGUUGGUAGAGGAUGGCAAUGCCCAGGACUGUCACUUAGGUAGGAGCAUUGCGUGAUAAAAUGGGGAAAAUUGGGAUAAAAAUAUUUUAAAAAAAAAGGAAUUAAUAAUAAUUAAAGUCACUCUGUGUACGAAUACCACUUCUAACCACAUGGGGGCAGCAUAUCGCAUGUGUUUAUGUCUAAGCUACUGGUGUAAAACAACAGAAUACUCUUCUUGUGGAACAAAUUGCUAUUACAGGCCCCCCUUUUUUAAAUUUUAUUUUCAUUUCUUGCCACAAGUAAUUUCAAAACGAUAUCGCUCUUAAAUUGGGCAUGUGGUACAUUUCCUAAUUAUAUCAUGCCGCAGGCCAAAACUACGAUCAAACUGAAAAUCCUGACCUGUAUGUUUGCAUUAUUUGACAGUUACAAAAUGUAUAGAAGUUGCCAGUCAUCUCCUACAGUCUUUCAACUUGUCAAUAUUACCACAUCAAGUAUAAAAUACUUUCUCAACGAGGAUGCACACUUUCUUACUGGAUGUUCUUCGUUUGAUUUGUGUACAGAAAAUGUCGCAUGCAUGUUUUGUGUUUACUCACCCUUGAGGCACCUGGCCCCUGAUGUGUUUAAAAACUAUCUGCGUUUAAAAAUUAUUUGCAACCUUACAAGAAUGUAGCUACUUAUUCAGAGAUGAGGACCAUAGUUUUGGCAUGUCCUUUCUUUACCGCUUUGCCAGCAUUCAUGGAAUGAGUCUUGCCCUAAUGUUUUGUCUGAAAAAGUGGUUAUUGUUAUGGAUUAUUGUAAUCAAUAGGAUUUAUGUUUGAGCCAAUAAAA